AUGCCCAAACCAAAUGCAAACACUAAUGGAACGGCGAAGGAUAGGACGCAAAAAAGGUUUGGUGAAGUACUCGAAAACAUGUUCAUCUAUGACAUGCCCAAAGUCGUCCGCGUGAAGAAUAGAGCUGUUGGACUCCUAAACUGUUUAUUGCGCCUUUCAUUGCUUUUCUAUUUUUUGAUAUUCGUUAUGUGGUGCAACAAGUCUUAUCAACGGACAGACACGGCACUAAGUGGUGUGAUGACAAAAGUACGUGGUGUUGGGACGGUUGCCACUGGAAUUGGUGACUUGCCGUUGUGGGUAAUCGACGAAGCCGAGUUUACACUGCAGCCGGUACAGAAAUCUGGAUUCUUUAUCAUCACACGAAUCAUCGGCUACACAACACAACAUUACGGAUAUUGUGCCGAAGCGCGAAAUUUGGAAGAUGCCUUUUGUGAGCACGAUAGCCACUGUGUUUCUGGUCAUAUAGGGGGACAGUCUAUCCGAAGUCCUGCUGAUUACUUACCAGAUGGAUGGAAACUAGAUGUUGAAGCUGAUGCACAUGGAAUCUUUACUGGAAAUUGCCGUCAAGCCACAGAAAGUUGUGAAAUAUAUGGAUGGUGUCCAGUUCAAGAAGAUUUAGACUCUUUAUACUGUGGAGCGUACAUCCCGGAGCCCGAUCAAUCGACUGUUGGAUGUAACGAUUCAAUCUUGCAGAGCACAAUGUCCAAUGAAAUUGUCAACGGUUGUAUGUUCAAGCCCAUAAGUGAGGUGCUAAACUACACCGUAUUUAUCAAAAAUGCAAUAGAAUUUCCCUAUUUUAAAAAAGCUUCACAAAAUAUCCUAAAAUGGAUGAAUGAAACUUAUCUGAAUACCUGUUUGUACAACCCAAAGCACGAGAAGGAUCGUUUCUGUCCAAAUUUCAGAAUUAAAGAUAUGCUGGAUCUAAGUGGCGGAAACGCGUACCGUUUGUUGCGUCAUGGUGGAGUGAUUGCCAUAACAAUAGAAUGGAACUGUGAUUUGGACCUCCCCAUUGAACGAUGUCUUCCACGUUACAAUUUCCAUCAACUGGACGGGAGCGACGACGGUCUCUACGAUCAUAAAUCUAAUAUCGAAGGUUUGUCUAUGGAAAUCCGUCGUCCGCUCAGCAAGAAUAGCCGACUGUUUAGCAGAGUGAAUGGAAUUCAGUUUUGGGUCAUUGUUGAUGGUGAGGCGGCACGUUUCAACCUUUUCAUCUUCACCAUGUCUUUCGGAUCGAAUCUGGCGCUUCUAGGUUUAGCUUCAAUAAUCUGUGAUUAUUUGUUAUUCCACUGCACCCGAGAUGGGAAGCGGUAUAUUGCAGCAGCACAUGAACUGUGCAAAGAAAACGUAAGGUCGAUUGCAGUUCAAACUGAAAAGUGA